AUGGGAAACUUGCUGGACCUCCCGGAUGAAAUCCACACUCAGAUCUACACCUUGAUAGGUGAUUCAAAUCGCCUAGCGCUUUUCCAAGUCAUAUAUGUCAAUAAGAGACUGCACAGAAUCGCCUCACCGCUUCUCGUCCGCCAUUGGCCGUUUCAUCCCGAGAUUCUACACAAAGAGGCACCUGCUCGCUUCGCACUGCAUCUCGUGCGAAAUCCCCACCUCCAAAGGAAUGUCAAAUCGAUAGUCUUCGAUGACCUCAUUCGUAUCGAAGAAGAUGACACAUUGGUUGGUGUUGACGGACUUGAUGAACUUGCUUUAGCAGCUCGUCAACGGUUUCCAGAGCUUGCCAAUGACCCUGGCUGGUGUGAAGGACUAGUCACUGCAAAAGUAGGCCCGGUAGCGGCUCUUCUCUUAGUUCUAUGUACCAGAAUCGAGAGCCUCAAUCUCACGGUUCCAUACUAUCAAGAGUCAAGACUGCUGGUAUUAAAUCUUCUGUCUUUGGCCCUUGGACAAAAUGGUCCCCAACGGCCAUUAGAGAACCUUCAGCUCGUUGUGUUCAAAUGGUUGGGCUUGGAUCCUGACCUCCACGAGACACGGUUUCCUAUUGGCACUUCACCUAUUGAGGAUUUGUUCUUAGAAUCCGCUUGUCUCACGAACCAUGGACUGCUCACUAUCAUCAGCGCCUGUAAAAGACUGAAGAAGCUCGUCUUCACUUGGAGAAACCACGCCAGAGCGACGGAUGAAGGACAUCACAGCGCCCAUUUCACUCUCACUCGACAAGCAUUGCUCCUCCAUGCAAAAUCUUUGGAGGAACUCGCGUUCAGUCUUACGACACACCGCUUCAGGCACGAGAUGAGUUUAGUAAACGCGUCUAGAGCGCGAAUGGAAUGCCUCAAAGAUUGCUUUGGACAGAUGAACAAGCUCAAGCGUCUCAGCAUGGAUAUUCAUGUCCUCUACUAUCAUGACAAUUUAAGAAACGAGACGAUGCUAGAUUUCCUACCGAGAUCACUGGAGCGCCUUGGCCUCGAAUGCGAUCUUGCAUGUUAUCAGCCACAGGUUCUGCAGCAUGUAGAAUUGCUGUGUACAGUGCUGAAGGCCUGCGGCCCUGGUACCCGUUUUUGUUUGCUGAAAACUCUUGAGAUAUGGUUGUUUGUGUUCGGUGGCAUAAAUAAAGAUAUAUAUGAGCCGGUAAACAAGCUAGCGUUGGAAAAGGGCAUCAAAUUCACGUUUAACCACACAUCUCAUGGAGGGGGUAGUACGUGGGAGAUAAUGGGUAUGAUGCCUAAGCCUUAUCCUCCUAUUGUCAAUCCUGAAACAGGUUAA